CUUUAAACAAACAAGAAGAGAUAAGAAGAAGAACAAAAGUUAUUUAUCAUUAUCCAUCAUCAUCAGUAAAUAAUUAUUGUCUUGUCAUUAUCAUCAUCAUCAUCGUAAUCAUCACCAGGAUCCAGAAUCCUUCACCAGAAUCCAGAAUCCUUCAUCAUCAUUGUCAUUAAAUCAUCAUUUUCAAUCCCCCCAAAACACACUCAACUCAAACAAAUAUUGUAAUUUUUUUUCCAAAAAUUUUGUUCAUCAUCAUCAUCAUCACUAUAUAUACAACAAACAAAAAAACCAGCAACAACCAGAUAUCAAUUUUUUUUUUAAUUUAACCAAAACAAACAAACAUAAAAAAAUCAACCAAAAAUGAAUGAAUUAGACAGUUUACGUCAAGAAGCUGAAACAUUAAAAAAUGCAAUCAGAGAUGCACGAAAGGCCGCAUGUGAUACCUCAUUGGUACAGGCCAAUACUAACAUGGAACCAGUUGGCCGUAUACAGAUGCGUACGAGAAGAACAUUACGUGGUCAUUUAGCUAAAAUAUAUGCAAUGCAUUGGGGAUCAGAUUCUAGAUAUCUUGUAUCAGCAUCACAAGAUGGCAAAUUAAUAGUAUGGGAUGCAUAUACAACAAAUAAAGUACAUGCAAUACCAUUAAGAUCUAGUUGGGUUAUGACUUGUGCAUAUGCACCAUCCGGUUCAUAUGUUGCAUGUGGUGGUCUUGAUAAUAUUUGUUCAAUUUACAGUCUUAAAACUCGUGAAGGUAAUGUACGAGUUAGCCGUGAACUGCCUGGCCAUACUGGCUAUCUUUCAUGUUGUCGAUUUCUUGAUGAUAACCAAAUUGUUACUAGUUCUGGCGAUAUGACAUGCGCUCUUUGGGAUAUUGAAACCGGUCAACAAUGUACAUCAUUUACUGGACAUACCGGUGAUGUUAUGUCAUUAUCACUUGCACCUGAUAUGCGUACAUUUGUAUCUGGUGCUUGUGAUGCAUCAGCUAAGCUAUGGGAUAUUCGUGACGGAAUGUGCAAACAAACAUUUCCCGGUCAUGAAUCUGAUAUAAAUGCCGUCACUUUUUUCCCAAACGGUUAUGCAUUUGCAACCGGUUCAGAUGAUGCAACAUGUCGUCUAUUCGAUAUACGAGCCGAUCAAGAGCUUGCCAUGUAUUCACAUGAUAAUAUUAUCUGUGGAAUAACUUCAGUUGCUUUCUCAAAAUCUGGUCGUCUAUUAUUAGCUGGUUAUGAUGAUUUUAAUUGUAAUGUUUGGGAUUCAAUGAAAGCUGAACGUGCCGGUGUUUUAGCUGGACAUGAUAAUAGAGUAUCAUGUUUAGGUGUUACCGAAGAUGGUAUGGCUGUUGCAACAGGAUCAUGGGAUAGUUUCCUUAAAAUAUGGAACUAAAGUAUUAUUAUUAUUAUUAAUUAUUAUUAUAUUUUACAUCCGAAAAA